CUGCAUGAAUGCUGUGCUUCUAGUUACUCGUCGGCACCGAUUUCGGCGGCAUCAUCAAUAGCCGAUCAUGCAUAUGAUGGCGUAAUUUGCAUAUCGCAUUCUUAUUGCGAACUUGAGAAAUAUGAAAGUCUGCGACAUCUACAGCCGAGUAUUGUCGCUUAUCAGCAGAUUCAUAGAGGUGUUGAAAACACAACCACAGUAAUUCCAGUUGACAAAAAUGUCAUACCAUCUGGACGUUUGAUUUUUGCUGGAACAGGCCCGGUUACACGGGAUCAGGAUGAUGUUCGCCGUUUUGGUACUGCAGCACGUAGUGCCAUGAAACUGGCUCUGAAAGCUGGUGUGAAAGCGCCUUUGAUUGUUACGCUGCCGCACAAAAAAUAUCCGCAGGCAGAACUGGUAGCAGCUCUCGGUGCAGUGCAAGAGUUAUACAUACCGCGGAAUGUAAGGGAAGAGGAAUGGAGGGCGAAGGUGAAGGCAGUUGGCUUAUAUGCGCUCGAUUACGAUCCAAAGACGUUGGUGAAAUUAGUGGAAGCUCUGGAUGCAGCAUUUACAGUUACUCGGGAUAUUGGCGACUCGGAUCCGCAACGUAUGUCACCAGCACGUGUUGCCGAAUAUGUGCGUCAGGUUUUCAGUGGUACUGUGAUCAGUAGUCAGGUGGUCUCCAAUAUUGCUGAGAUUGAACGUGAGCACCCACUAAUGGCUGCUGUUAAUCGAGCAGCAAAUAGCGUUAAGGAGCACCAGGCGCACUUAAUUUGGCUCGAAUAUACGCCGGAGGGUCCGUACGAUGAAACUGUUAUGCUUGUUGGCAAAGGUGUUACAAUAGAUACUGGUGGCGCGGAUUUGAAAACCGAAGGUAACAUGUUCGGGAUGUCACGCGAUAAUAUUGGUUCGAAUUCGUAUACCUGCGAUGAGAUAAUACGAUCGCGUAGUGGAAAACGUAUAGCAAUUUACAAUACUGAUGCCGAAGGACGUAUUACCAUGCUGGAUCCACUGACAAGGAUGGUAGAACUGGCUGCAAAGGAAACAAAACCACGACUGUUUACACUGGCCACAUUGACUGGACACGCAGUACUAACUUAUGGCUAUAUGGCAGCGGCCAUGGAUAAUGGCCCGGCCCAUAAAGAUCGUACUGCUGAGAUGAUCCAGGAUCGAGGCGAUGCAUAUGGACAGCCGGUUGAAAUUUCACGACUUCACUCUGAAGUGAGAUUUUAUGUUUUAUAAAA